AUGUCGCAAACAUUUUUACUUGAGCCGGACAUAAUAGCAGCAACGGAAAAUGUUAUGCCAGAUCUCAAUAACGAUUUGGUGUUGGCAAAGAAUUUUUUGAAACAACAAAGUGCAGCCACUGGUGACUCUUUGUACGAUCAUUUAGUGGACGUGGUACAAAAGAUACUCUCCCAAAGACCUCCAGAUGUGGUAGAUAACUUCGAGCAGUACUCUUGGGAGGUGAAGCAGGAGAAGUUCCGUCCAAACUUUGAUUUGCUCAAUGACAUCUAUUUGUCUCCUCCACAACUUGGAUCCGUGAGGCAGGUGGAUGAAAUGUUUCGGCUGGUAGCAAGCAAAGCAACCAAGUUGGAUGACGGAGGAGAGGAGGAGCAGGAGCUCGACCUGGAAGAAGAAACCUACAAGCCGAAGAUACAGGACCUCAUUGAUCACAACUACUACUUUAGACAGGCUGGGUUCGGUUUGCCAGCCAGCGAAUGUUACGCAGUCUACAUAUCUAUGAUCAUGUUGGGAAUCAAAGAGCCCGUUUCCAGUAUCAGAUUCUUCGGGAAGAUUUUUGGCACUAAAGCGAACUACUACGUUAUGGAAACAGAUCUAACUCUUGAAGAAUUGGAUAGAAGAAUCAGGGCCUUCGAGUUGAAAGACAUGCCUGGAGAGGGCGAAGCUGCUGACGAGGCCAGGGACAAGGCUAUGGAAGAACAGGCGGAGAUACUCGGCGAAGGAGAGAUGAAGGAGCCAAUUUCAAAAGAACCAGUCCCUCCCAAGAUCCCUCCAGAGCCAGUGUCCACGUGGCAGCCGCCUACUCCGAUACCAGUCGAAAGGCCUGGUCAGGGAAUCAACAAAAAGGUAUACUGGGUCUGCAACCGUCCAGGCGAACCAUGGAUCUGUCUUCCAGAUAUUCGACCAGACCACAUCCGCGUCGCCAGGCUGUCUGUGCGCUGUAUGACUGGAGAUUUGGAUUCCGAGGUGAUAACAUUCCCUCCAUUUGAGGGCACGGAAAAAGAGUACCUGCGCGCCCAGAUCGCUCGCAUUGCAGCCGCCACGUCAGUUUCCCCUCAAGGAUUCUUCACGUACGGAUCUGGGGAGGAAGAGGAAGACCUGGACUUAGAGGAAGGGGGUGGUGACAUGGAAUUCAAUCCGAAUCCAUAUUACCAAGGGCACACGUUAAGAGACCUAGUGGACUCCAACCUGACCUACUGGGUGCACCAUGGGAGACACAUCCUGAAGCAGGGCAGAACUCUAUGGUGGAAUCCUAAUGCGGGGAUGGAAGAAGGCCUGGAAGAAGAAGAGGAUGAAGGACCACCUCCCAUAGAGCCGGAGAUAGGGCCCUCAUUGUUCACCUCGCUGGCGGAAGACGCGAGGAUCGAGGGCAUGAGUGCGUGGAGUGCCAGGGUCAGUAGCACCCUCUGCCCUGACAGAGCCAUGGUGGUGCUCAGGAGUAAUCUCUGGCCAGGAGCCGUCGCGUACGCUACUACUGGCAAGAAAUCCGAGUGCCUUUACAUGGGGUGGGGUCUCAAGUUCAACCCCCCAAACUUCACGCCGCUGCAGCUACCCGCGCCGCAGCAAGAGUACCCGGUCGGACCAGAAAUUAUGGAGAUGGCUGACCCCACUUUUGCUGAUGAAGAGGUUUGGUCUUUUUUUGUAAAAAAGGGGGCAAGCAAGCUUUCUGAUCACCUGAUGGCGUUCCGCAUUGCCCACCUACCUCCUCCACCACCGCCAGAGGUAAUGGGAGAGGGAGAGGCCUACGGAGAAGAAAUAGAAGAAGAAGAUUAG